AUGUCGAACAACCCGCCGCCGCCGUCCUUUGACCGAGACUCGUCGCACGACGUUUCCAACUUUCAGACCAUCGCCGCGAGAAUCCGACAGCUGAGGGACAUCAUCUCCGAGAUGGACGAAGACCGGAGUUUCUUCCUGCAUGCCCUGGACCGCUCGCUGCAGGAGUACAACACCGCAGACUCGACCGUCAAUCCCCAGGCCAUAAGCAACAGCAACAGCAUCAGUACCAGUAACAGCACCAGUAACAGUAACAGUUCGUUGGAGCCGCUGCCUACGCUGAGCCAGACCCUGCAGAGACACGUUAUUUCGCAGAGGGAAGCCCGGAGACAAGCCAGAAUGGCACCUCAGCAGCAGCAGCAGCAGCUACUACAGCAACAGCACCUACUACAGCAACAGCAGCUACAGCUACAGCAGCAGCUACAGCCACCACCUCCACCGCCGCCACCGCCCCGUCCUCCACAGCAGCGACAGGAGUCUCUAGCCUCUUUGGCCUCCCUGCAGCGUGCAGAGCGUCAGUUCCGACAGGCAAUCGCCAGCAUAGGAGCCGCAGAGACGACGUCACGGCAGCCUGAACGGCCACCUGCCCGAUCCCCACCCACAGACUCCAUGUCAGACCACCGCCAGUCGAAGCGGCGGAAGAUCGAUGCCGACGACAGCAGAGACACCACCAAGGGGUUCAGCUAUAGCCACUAUGGUCAGGUCACCCCGGUGCCGCUGGAGAUGGAAGUCCACAGCUGCAAGGGAGGCAGCUCCGAGCCUGAUAGACGGGGCAACAACUCGCCUGACCAUAUCCUGGUCAACGACGGUGUCGUCUACAGGGCACAAGGCGGUUUCUGCAACAUCGUCCUCCGGCACCGUGGCGAAAUACCUUUCUCCUUGAAGAAGCUGAUCAUCAAGACUCCCAAGAGCGGAUGCCACGACGAGAUGAACGUCCGAGAAGGAACAGUCAGUAUCUCGAUGGACUCCGAUCCACGCUUCCUUCGCUCGGUAGCCAGCUGUUCCGCCGACUCCAUGCCCGGGUUCCCGUCCCGCCGCCCUCGUCGUCGAAACGAACAGCUAUCCCCCUUCGCAGCAGCAACAGCAGCCGUGGCACCAAUGGGGAACAGCAGACGACCGGAAACUUCAGCCUCAAUCCUUCGCUCCCGCAUGCUCCGAUCCCGCGCCGGCCAGCAGCAGCAACAACUGCACCAACAGCAACUACUACUGCCCGACUCUCAAUUCGGCAUUGUCGACGACCCAGAAGACAAGUCCGAAGAUGAAUCCACCCAGCACGACGCAGCCCGCGACCAACUCACCAUCUCGGACCCCGAACCGUCCAAUUCGCGCGACAGUUCCCCGAACCACGACGGCAGUGACAGUGAGAGCAGCGACGGCAUAUCUGGGGUAGCCGAGGCACUGGCACAAAACCUAGAUACCCGACAACGCCAGCUGCUCGAGGCACUCGGUGUUCGGGUCCCGUACAUGCAGGCCAGACCAUCGCAUCGGCACCGAGCACUCUCGCCAACGACCGUAUUUGCUCGGCCGGCUGCUGAGGCGCUGCACAGCCAGGAGUCCGAGACCAUGCAGCCUGUUGCUAGGUUCUCGAUCGAACAUGAGAGAGCCGCUGUACAGAUCAGAUUCAAUCCUCCAGUAUCUGCACGGUAUAUUCUCAUCAAGAUGUGGGCUCCGUUCAACCCGGGACGCAUGGACAUCGAGAGUAUCAUUGCGCAUGGCUUCGCUGGACCUCGCUUCUUCCCUGCCCAGGAACCGAGAUAG